GACCCCACCAAAAGCAACAAAACGCAGCGUAUUACACCAGAGAUUUAAACCCUGAGGAAACCAGAGAAGAGAAAUGUGGCGUUAUGGCGUCUCAAUUCUAAAACCCUACCACUACUUCCACUGCAAAAGCUGCCCAGCAGAUUCAAAAUCAAACUUGACAAAAACCCCAGUCAUCAAAUCAUCAAAUUCCUUAACUUUAAUGACGACCAUCACGGAAUCCGAUGUGGGAAUCCUCUGUUUCAUCUCCCACCUUCCUGGUUUCCGUGGCAUCCUCAAACAAAGGUAUUCUGAUUUCAUCGUGAAUGAAGUAGACACUGAAGGAAAUGUUGUUCAUUUGACCUCCUUAGAUGCCCCUCCGGAGGUGGCUGUUCAGGAAGGUGAAACAAAGACACCUGAUCAACUGAACAAGUGUUAUGCAUCUGAAAUUAUAAAAUUCAGAUCACUUGCUGGUGACACUGAUGCAGAUCGCUUAGAAGCUUUUAUUAAUCAAAUUACUUCAGGCAGUGAAGAAGAUAUCUGUCCUAUUGUUCUGUCGCCAGACUCUGAUAAAUCUCAUCGAACGGCAAUGCAUAAUUUCUUUAAGGAGAAUCUUAGAUUCCUUGUCACUGACACAGUUGAUGGACCUGAUUCUUCAUCAAAAUGCAUUCGUGUGAGAUUAAAUUCUGGGAAUAACAACAAGGGCAGAAAUUCCAAAAAAAGGAAAGAGAGAGGUGAUAAGCCCUAUGAUAGUAGAGGUUCAAGCCACUGGCCAGAGCAUCUUGGCAAGUUCCUUAGGUUCCAUCUUUACAAGGAGAAUAAAGAUACACAGGAAGCCUUAGGGUUGAUUGGAAAGAUGCUUGGCAUUCAGCCAAGGUCAUUUGGAUUUGCGGGAACAAAAGAUAAGCGGUCAGUUUCAACUCAAAGGGUAACUGUUUUCAAGCAGCAUGCGAGUAGAUUAGCUGCAUUGAAUGAAAGGUUGAUUGGUAUUAAAGUGGGAGACUUUUGUUAUGUCAAGGAUGACUUUCUUCUUGGCCAGCUCUUAGGAAAUCGGUUCACAAUCAUAUUGAGAGGAAUUGUUGCAGACUCCGAAGAAACUAUCAAAGCAUCUGUGGAGUCCUUGGGAAGGCAUGGCUUCAUCAACUACUUUGGUUUACAACGUUUUGGAAGUGGUUCUAUUCCAACUCACCGUAUUGGAGCCACAUUGCUGCGAGGAGAGUGGCAAGCUGCUGCAAGCACGAUACUUGAUCCAAGAGAAGGGGAAAGAGACUUUGUAAGCAAGGCACGGGAAUAUUAUAAAGAAACUGGUGAUAUAGAAGGAACUCUCAGGCAAUUACCUCGCCAUUUAGUUGCAGAAAGAGCUAUGCUGCAGUGUUUGAAGAAAUGUCCUGGGAACUACUUGCAGGCCCUGAAGGCUAUACCUAGAACUUUGAGAAUGAUGUAUGUACACAGUUACCAAAGCUAUCUGUGGAACCAUGCAGCAAGUAUGAGAGUGGAAAAAUAUGGAAGCAAUGAAGUUGUUUUAGGGGACUUGGUAUAUUGUAAAGGAAAUGAUGCAGAAAAGGUGAAAGUUGUUCCAUCUGAACAUGAAGAUAAUAACUUUGAAGAUGCAUAUGAUUGUAGUCAAUUAGAUGAAAUAUCUGGAACAGAUCUUCCAGAAGGGAAAAACAAUCUUGUUAAGGCCAUAACUGCAGCAGAUAUUAGUACUGGAAAUUAUACUAUUGAGGAUGUUGUCCUUCCUAUGCCUGGUUCUAGAAUAAUUUAUCCAGUGAAUGAUAUUGCCAAUGUAUAUCAUGAUAUGGCAAAGAAGGAUGGGAUCAGCUUGACUGAGAGUGUUCAUAAUAUCAAGGAAUUUUCAAUAACCAGCAUGACAGGAAGCUACAGGCGUGUUUUUCAGAAGCCAAUUGACUUUGAAUGGGAAUUGCUUUCAUAUACAGAUGGAAGUAUAGCAUUGUCAGAGACAGAUUUAGACAAAAUUGCUAAAACUAAACCUGUGAACCUGGUCAAGGAAGAGAAACCAACCGAUGGAACUGAGGGCCAAGAUUCAUCUGAUCAUAUGGAACAUAUAGAGAGCUUUGAGGAUGAUAAAAAGUUUUCAACUGGCAAUGUUGAGGUGGAGGGCUCUAGAGAAGCUGAGCCUCCACAAAUUCAUUCUUUGUCUGAGUCAAAUUCUCUGGGAACUCAGAAGGCUCUCAAGUUGGCCUUCACACUUCCUGCUUCUUGCUAUGCUACAAUGGCCAUAAGAGAGCUUCUGAAGACAUCAACAUCUGUUGCAUUCCACAAGACUCUUAACCAAUAAGCAUGUUGCUGCUCACAUACUUUACGAUACCAGGAUCAGGUUGCUGUGUCUUCCAGCAGGAAAAAGCACUAAUAUUUGCUGUGUCUCCCAUAUGCUAGAAUGCAUUUUUGUUUAUAUGAAAGUUUCUCUAUAAUGAGUCAACUUUUUCCUUUUUUGCCGAGUAGCACAUUACUCGACUAACGAAGUCAGGCCUGCAUUUCAUUUCUGAGGAGUACAUUUGUCCUACAUAAAUCACACACUGAUUCCUUUAGGAUGCAUGGAAUUGGUGUGCCCGUGCAUAUUGUGCUUUUAUGCACGAGUAUUCAUAGUCAAAAGGACGUCACAAAACUAGUUAUAUGUUUGAAAAA